GUUAAGUUGUCGGUGCGGACGACGGGACGGACAGCACGACUCGGCUUCGGCUUGUGCUAAGUUUUAGCCAGUGUUGUGGGGAAGAAUAUCUAUUUGAUCUCAAGACUACACCAAUAGAGCACCUGAUUCUGAUUUUUGUUCACGGAAGUGAUCUGAGUGAUCGAGAAGCAAGGAGAUCCACGCUCAACGCUCCGAAGCCUAGGAGCGGACUAGGCCCUCCGCCAUCGUCUAUCUUGUCGGCUCCAUGGCAUGGUGUUCUGUUUAUGACUCUUAUCUCCGCGGGGCAUUGUUUUAAAUUUUGUGGUUUAAGUUCUGUGACCGCUUCACAAUGCAAGGUACCAUUGUGGAGAACUUGAGUGGCAGAAAGCUGUCGGUUCUUGUAGCAUUGCUGCUGCUUGCCCAGGUUGUUUGCUUCUUGAUCGGGGGGCUGAUUGCUCCAACCCCUUCUAGCGCCUACAAUGUCCUGGGCACGAAUUGUGUCGACAGAGGAAACAAUACACCGAAAUGGUUCUAUAACAGAGGCAAGAAGGGCAUGUGCACUAACUACGACUUAACCAGCUACAUGGAUGAAGAAUCAAAACUUGAGAUGGCCAAUCGCAUUGUGUUUGUUUUUCAAAUUCCUCUACCGAGAGAAAAUGUCUCUCUGGACUAUUCCCGCUGGCAGCAGAAUUUGAUUGGAGUGCUGCAGUUUGAUGUUGCUUAUCACUCUGAAAACGAGAUGGAUCCAAGAACCAUUAUCACUAUAGAUGCAAAGCUUGGCUAUCGAAACAAGGGAGAUCCUGAUGAUGAAUGGAAACCAUACGCUUCUGCUGUGGAAGAACGAUCACUAGAUUGUGUGAUUGAUAACAAAAAGAUUGGCUAUUACUAUAAUUGUUCUAUAGUGCCUCUGUUUGAGCUGGGAUCCUUGCACCAUGAUUUCUAUCUUCUGAAUAUUCGUCUUCCUGUUGAUCAUUUCAAGCACAUCAAUGAAAAGUUGGGGCAGCUAGAAAAUAUGUGGCUGAUUACAAUUAAUCAGAAUGGAGGCUUCACCAAAGUGUGGGUUUCCCUCAAGACCAUAUUCUUCCCUUUCAUUGUAGGCAUCAUGAUUUGGUUCUGGAAGCGUGUUCAUCAACUUGCAAGACCUCCUGCAUUGCUUGAGUACAUGCUUAUCUUCCUUGGGGGAGCUCUCACCCUGUUGAAUGCGCCAUUGGAAUAUCUUACGCUCUACUUUGACAUGCCUUUCAUGCUGCUACUUGGCGACAUUAAGCAGGGAGUGUUUUAUUCUGCGCUCCUUUCCUUUUGGCUUGUUUUUGCUGGAGAACACAUGAUGGUUCAAGAAGACAACCGCCACAACCACUUGCGUGUUUACUGGAAGCAUUUGAGCGCUGUUGGUGUGGGAUGCCUCUCCCUCUUUAUAUUUGACAUGUGUGAGCGUGGAAUUCAGUUGAGGAAUCCCUUUUAUUCCAUUUGGGUCACAGACAUUGGCACCAAUCUUGCCCUGACAUUCAUCAUCCUUGCUGGAAUUUCUGCAGGCGUCUACUUCCUCUUCCUGUCCUACAUGAUAUGGAAGGUUUUCCAGAACAUAAGUGCCAAGAGAUCAGUUCUGCCGGGAAUGUCUUCAGUGCGCCGCCUGCACUACGAAGGAGUCAUCUACCGUUUUAAGUUUCUUAUGCUCGCGACCCUUCUGUGUGCUGCCAUGACAGUUGUUGGAUUUAUCCUUGGUCAGGUUGCAGAAGGCAGGUGGAAGUGGGAUGAGUCUCUUGAAAUUGAGUACACUUCUGCAUUUUUCACAGGAGUCUAUGGCAUGUGGAAUAUUUACAUUUUUGCCCUUUUGUGUUUGUAUGCACCAUCACACAAAAAGUGGCCUGUCGAGUCAGAGUCUCAUAGCAACAGUGUAAGUGAGGAGAUAGAGUUCAGCCGUUUGCCCACUGAGCCUUCUGAAAUCUCUUCUCUUGCAUCCUUUGCUCGCAAGGCAGCAUUGGAUUAAUACAUUUCAAUAUCAUCCUGUAUUUUUAUCCUAUCAUAAUACAGUUAUCCUGAUACAUUUAAUUGUGAUUUUAAGUCUGACUCCAUAGUAGGUUUUAUUCCCAGUGUUACCAGCCAUAUUUAUAGAUUGGCUCAAAAUACCAGUGUUCCAAUUAACUUUCUGUAGUUACUUUUUAUAUAGGCUUCUUUUUAUUGUAUUCUGACCUAGUGAUCUCUCAAUUGUACUUAACCAGUGUCUACUUUUGAAUCUAAUAAUUGAGCUGUGUUAAAAUGAUUCUGAAUAGAUUUUUUUUCUCUCUGAAUCUUCAGCUUAAUAAUGAACUUUGAAUGUGCUUUUGUGAUGAGACAGUCUUUGUCUACAUCAUGCUUCUUAUUUAUUGUAAUUAAUAGCAUGUGUAUUUAUCUCUUGCUUAAACUUUCUUUCAAUUUAUUUAUAUCAUUGUAUUUGUAAAUUACCGACAUUCAGUUAAUGGCAAAUGUGUCCUAUCUGUACCUGAUAAUCUUCAUCUCAAUCAUGUUGUAUUUCAUCUGUAUAUUCACUUUCUUUUUUAGAGUCUCAGUCAUAUUCUUUUUUACUAUCCUUGUUCAAAUCAUCGUAUAAUUUAUGGAUGAUUUUUUUUUUUUUUUUUGCAUUUUUGUGGGGUUGUGUUAAAUCUACACAAAUUUAAGGCAUCACGGUUUCUUCUCUUCAAGCCAUAUCAAUUAAUGUAUGCCUAUGUAGUUGAUAAAACAUUUUAAUGAACUAAUUGUGAUGUAGGGACAGUAUUCUCUUUUUUUAAAAAACAUCUUGCAGGUUACAGUGCAGUAUUCUUUUGUACAUGUCCUGUUAACUGUAUUCCAUUUUUCUAGAGAUUUAGAGAAUGUAGAGAGUCUUUGUUAUUAAAAGUUAUGAGUAGUCUUUUUCCAUUCUACUUUGUAUCAACCCAGUAUUUGACAAAUUUUAAUCAAAAGUUCUUGUAAGACUUAUCUCUUUAUUUUGUAAUCAGACACCAGGCAAGUGUUGGUGUUUGUGUCUUUUUUGAAGCAAAGAAAGA